AUGACUAUGGAGCAAGUGGCAGAAGAAACUAAAACAGACACCAAGCUCCAAGCAGUCAUGACAUCCAUCCGGAUGGGCAAGUGGGAACAGCCCCUGGUCCAAAGUUUCAAGAAAGUCUGCCCACCAGAACCGCUCAAGCCUAGACCGUUGCCUGGCGGCCCAUGGAAAGAAAUCUCCAUUGACUUUCUUGGCCCACUUCCGUCGGGUGAUGUGCUUUUGGUUGCCAUAGACAACUACAGUCGUUUCCCUGAGGUAGAGAUUAUAUCGUCAACUUCUGCAAAGACUGUUAUACCCAAGAACGUCCACAAGGUCAUCAAGACAACAGACGAGCUGAGAAAGGCUAAGGCAAAGGCCUAUUACGACAGCCGCAAGAACGCCAAAGUCUCGCCACUCUCCAUAGGCGACACAGUACUGGUCAAACAGCGCCGCACGAAUAAGAUGUCCACUCCAUUCGACCCUCAGCCUCUGACCAUCAGCGUAGGAAGGGCUCCAUGUACAGUAGGAGUUCUAAAACGAUCUUUUUCUUGCAGAAAAUUAUAUACAACAGUUGGAAGGCGCUACUGUGCCACAAGCAAUGUAGACCCUAAUUCGGUUCUACUAUCACAAACCCUGCCAGGCCUACCAAAUGCUAUUUACUCAAAACAUGCAGAGAGCAACCAAGAUACCAAAGUAACUGUCCUAGAAAAUGGAUUAAAAGUUGCAUCGAAGAAUAAGUAUGGAAGAUUUUGCACAGUUGGAGUUGCCAUUGAUUCUGGACCCAGAUAUGAAGUAGCAUUUCCCAGUGGUGUCUCCCAUUUUCUGGAGAAGCUAGCAUUCAGUUCAUCACUGGAAUAUCAGGAUAGAGAUCGGAUCAUGCAGGAGUUGGAGAAACAUGGUGGAAUCUGUGAUUGCCAGAUUUCCAGGGAUACGGGUAUUUAUGCUGCUUCAGCAUAUACAUCUGGUCUGGAUUCGAUAGUAAAACUUCUAGGAGAUGUUAUUCUUAGACCAAAUAUAUCAGACGAAGAGGUUGACCAGGCGAGAAUGUCCAUCUCAUUCGAGCUGGAAGACUUGGAGAUGAGACCAGAUCCUGAACCCUUACUUACUGAGAUGAUUCAUGCGGCGGCAUAUCGUGAUAACACAUUAGGAUUGCCAAAGUUCCCACUACCCGAUAAUGUACCUGUGAUAGAUAGGAAAGUUUUAUUCACUUACCUGAAAAAUUUCUACACUCCAUCACGGAUGGUAUUAGCUGGUGUUGGUGUCGAGCAUGAGCAGCUGGUGGAGAUGGCUGAGAAGUUCUUUGUAGAGAAGGAGCCGGUGUGGAACCAGGAUACGAGUCUCGUGAUGGGAAACAGGGACAUGUGUGACAGGUCUACCGCACAGUACACGGGAGGAGUCAUUCAGAGAGAGAAGGACCUGUCUGAUGUCAGCAUGGGUCCAACCCCGAUCCCAGAGCUCGCCCACUUUGUGCUUGGUCUGGAGAGCUGCAGCCACAAGGAUCCCGACUUUGUCGCCUUCUGUGUCCUAAACAUGCUGAUGGGAGGUGGAGGUUCAUUCUCCGCGGGCGGUCCUGGCAAGGGCAUGUACACACGACUCUACCUCAAUGUGUUGAACAGGUAUCAUUGGAUUUACAACGCGACCGCAUACAAUCACGCAUACAACGACAGUGGAGUGUUCUGUAUACAUGCUGCUGCUCAUCCCAGCCAAUUGAAAGAGCUGGUCGACAUCAUUGUGAAGGAGUUUACGUUGAUGGCGGGAAGCGUGACGCGAGUGGAACUCGAGCGCGCCAAAACCCAACUGCAGUCGAUGCUGAUGAUGAACCUGGAGAGUCGUCCGGUUAUCUUCGAGGACAUUGCGCGGCAAGUGCUGGCCAGCGGCUCCCACAAGCAGCCACAGUACUUCGUCAGUCAGAUAGCCAAGAUUACUGAAGAGGAUAUCCAUCGAGUAGUCGGACGUAUGCUCUCCACAAAACCGUCAGUGGUUGGGCUGGGCAGCUUAGCUCAACUGCCUGAAUACACUAACAUUCAGGAGGGACUCUGUCAGAAGAAUGGUACAUCCGGCUCGUCACGAUUCUCUCUUUUUCGGUGAAACAGGAGGAAUCUAGAAAUCUCGCAUGUUAUCCAUGAAAUAUCUUUCGUAGGAUUACAACUGGCGUACAACAAGGAGGCGAGGGUGAGUCUACUGAUAAUGUGGUAGUGAUUUAUGACUACACGAUUAAGUAAAGUUGGAAAACAUGCACGGGGGAGACGAAACUGGGGUUUAACCAGUUUAGAAAGAUUCUCGGUAGCCUGUGUAAUGAUGUGUCUACUAUCAAGUCUGUUCUGACUCUUAGCUUUUGAAAUGCUGACUCAAAUCCAAGACAGAUUUUCAUGUUGCUUUCACGUUGUUGUUUACUAAUUUACAAAGACUUGCUGAAAGUGUUAAGGACUGGAAGAGGUCAAAAUUUGAUCAAUGCUGUAGUGUGAAUGGCACGACGAAGCUAAUCAAUUGACUACUUUGGUGUAGUUACUUAUGUGACGUUCAAGUAAGUUCUCAGGAACUUUAUGUGUUUUAAACGAUUUGGUAUCGAAGGUUAACGAUAAGCAUUGUGCAACAGUUUGUCGAAAGCAAUGUCAAAUUAUCUCAAACGUUGUGCCACAACACAGUCUCAUUCAAAUGUAUCAUGUGUCAUGUCUUUGCAGUCACAAGUCACUAUUCAAAAAUGAGCAUAGAACAAAGAAAUGUAACACAUCCCUUGCCCUAAGUAACCUGUAGAUAUCAAUAUAGUCAAUUAAAUGGCAUUAAAUGUGCAACUAAAUAGGACCAAGUUGUGAUGAAAAUGAUAGACUAGCCAGUCUAAUGGGUGCAUUGGGUGAGUGUGGUAGACAACCUGCAGGGUUGUUGCGAGCAGAUACGAAGGUUAAGCUCAUGGUAAUGGCUUGUGUAUAGCUCAUAUAUACCGUGUAGAUAAUGACAGACCUGUACAGUGUUUGUCCAGUUCUCAAGUAAAGUUAUACUGCUUGUAAUGGACUGUAAACUAACAAAACAAUAAAGCAGGCUUAUUGUACAUUAUAUAUACGA